AUGAGUAAUUCUAUGGGAGAGGCAGCUAUCCAUGCGAUACUUCAGGACGGAAGAUACAAUGAUACUCGAGACAAAUUGGCAAAACUAUUGAUCGAACGGCAAAUUCCAUAUUUUAUAUCCAAUGAUCACUUAAAAAUAAGCGAAAUUAUUGGCAGAGGUACGUUUGGUAAAGUUGAACUCGUUACAUAUAAAAAAAAGCAGUAUGCUCAUAAACUUCCGGUUUACAAUUCGCCCAAACACAAAGAUAACAUUCUUGGAGAAGCAAUCAGACUAACUGAUAUCAAAGAACAUCAUCCCAAUGUUCAACGAUUAUAUUUCAUCAAUUUGAGUAAAUUCGGUUUUCUCAUGGAUUAUUGUGAAUGUGGUUCACUUGACAUUUAUGUAAUCGAUGAUGAUACUAGCUAUACAUUUAUCGAUGUACUGAAGUGGAGUUAUCAGUUGGCAGAUGCAUUGACUUUUAUACACUCAAAAAACAUAAUGCAUCGAGAUGUAAAAUUGCAAAAUAUUCUUUUGAAAGACAACUACAAAACAAUUGUGCUCACUGAUUAUGGAUCAGCAAGCGAACUAGGGAGAAGUUUGUUGACAAAUGAAGUGGGAACGCCAAUUACGAUGGCACCAGAAGUAUUCAGUGUUACGAAAUAUACAGAAAAAUGUGAUAUCUACUCAUGGGCUAUUGUUUUUUCGCAACUUCUAUCGAAGCAAUGUAACCCGUACGAAGAUUUGAAACUACCUGCAUUUAAUUUAUUGAUAAAGAUAAGCACUACAAAUUUCCGUCCACCUAAACUACGCAAUUGUCCAACUUUACUCGAGGCACUAAUGUAUCGUUGCUGGCAUUCGGAUCCCAAUGAACGUCCAACGUUAUCGUUCGUAAAACGAGUUCUUCUUCUCACAAGCACCAUUUUAUCGAAAGCUGAAGCAACAUACGCAGAAAAUAUAACUCCCACAAAUGUCGAACAAUGUGAAAACAUUUGGAUGGAGCUGGAAAGACCUUCAGCGACUGAAUCAAGUUUGAAUACUGAAAACGUUGUGAAUCAAAGUUGUUCGCAGAAAACAGAUGAUAUGACAGAUACAGAACAGAAUCUCUCUGAUGUGCAACAACAAUCGAAUCAACAUCAGAAAGAGAGAACAACAAAAUCUGAUCAAAUAUUAAUCGAAAACGAGAAUUUUCACAACCCAAAAACAGUGAACCAGUCUAUGAACAAUCCUUUAGUAUUUAAAUCUUAUAAUAAAAAACAAUCUAAGAAACAAACCCAUUCGAAUGAAAGUCAUAUGUACUUUCAUCAUCGAACUCCGCCUCUGAUAGCGCGCGCCAUCUAUUCUGAUUAA